AUGAAGACCUCCACAGCAUUCAGCCUUUUGGCUGCUGCCAGUCAGUACUGGCUCGCAUCUGGACUACCACAAUUUCCGGACAACCCUAUGUGUACCGCUGGUAUCACGUCCGUCGAAGUCCAGCCCGUCCAGUUCGUCGUCCGCCGCCCGAUCUACAUCAGCGCGUUCCUGCCUGCAAACACCGUGUUGGUACUCGAUGACGGCCUCACUCUUACCGUCACCAACGCGCCUUUGACUCUCAUCACCGAAAUCGACAAGUUGGGUACUUUGACAUCUCAAGUGACCAGAACCAUUGAUCAACGCGAUUUCUCGUCUACACCCAACGGUUAUGUCACGAUCACACGAGGUGGACAGUCCGGAUCUCUUGCGACCACAAUCACCGUGCUACCAUCGGGAUCUGAUGGCCUCGGGACCUACCUCGUUUUCACACCCUUCGGCCAGACUGAUCCCACGACCGGAGCCGACAUUCCUCUGCCUCCUACUGCCGCAGGUCCUGCAACAAGCAUCGUUGGCUCUCCAGAGGAAGCAAGCCUUCUCCCCACCGAAGGUCUGACAAUUGCUGGAGAUUCCUUGUUGCCGGCGCCUCAGACGAAUGCCCCAGGACCCGACCAGGCCAGUCCGGCCUCGAUCCCGAUCACGAUUCUGCCCACUCAGGGCGGUUCUCCCCAGCUCGCCGGACCAUUCACCACCAUCACCGUGGGCGGUGCUGACGGCGUUCCAAGAAACUUGACCGUGACUUCGGGAACCGACGGCACUGUUUUCGCUCAGACGUUCGACAGAUACGAAGUAACAGUCACCGGUCCUGACAAUGUCAUCACUGUUCUUGGCAACGCUGGAGUCACUCCCUCGGCCAUCACUCUUGGUGGCACGCGAGCUGCGGCUCAGACCGGUGCGGCCGGCGAUGCUGCUUUGCAGAUCAUCCAGACCCCCGGAGGAGAGGCCGAUUUCCUGGAAAGGUUGAUCACGACCACCGUGGGAGGUGUGGGCGUCGAAGGAACCAAUGUCUUCACCAUUGUGCCUACCGGCACAGGAAACGUUGGCGCAGUCGUCGUCCAGACCCCCCUCGCAGCAGCUCCAGGCCUUUUCCGAACUCUGUCGAUUCCUGGACCUGUUGACACCACAGUCACUAUCCCGGCUCCUCAGGGUAGCACUGGGACAGUUGUCGUUCAAACAACGAGCGGCUACACUGGUGAAUAUCCCGGCCCCUUCAGCACAACCACUGUCGCUGGUGCCAACGGAGCUGCGGCAGCGAUCACUUUUCCUUCCGAUUUGGGAGGCCUGGGUGAUACGUUCCUCGUUGUUCAGCAAACUGCCGCUCCGUACAGAACCAUCACAGCCGGCGGCAACACGGGCUCCGAGGCGAGGACAAUCACGGUUCCUCCCCGAGGAAACGAUCAGACGGGUACUGUGGUCAUUCAGCCUGCUCAGACUCCCUUCACCGGGCCUUUCACGACGAUUACGUCCGGAGGAGUUUCUGGAUCUAUCCCCGUUUCUCUGACGGUUCUGCCUUCGGCUAGCGCGACUUUGGGCACCGUCAUCGUUCAAACCCCCUUGGCUGCCAGUCCUGGUGUGUUCGUCACCAGAAAUGCACUCGCUAUUCCCGGCAUCGGCGCGAGAAUCACAUUGCCUUUGGCAGGUGGCUCUUCCGCUGCGGGACCGGCGACCGUUCUCGUGGCGGCCGGCUUGGGAGGCGAUGACCCGGCCACCAACGCACCGGCCGCUCUAGCAGCCUCGAUCGUCACGAUUCGUGGAGCUUUCAACGGCACGACUCCUCAGACUUUGACAAUUGGUGGUGCGGGCUCGCUUGCGACCAUCGUCGAACAGCUUCCUGUCGGCUUUUCUGCCGGGAACUCCGCGGCCAACCCGGCUGCGGCGAACCCGACUGCUCCGGCUGCUCCUCCGGCGAGCGGCCCCGCUAGCCCCGCAAUCACCGGCCAGUCCAACCCUGCGGGCCAGCCGAACGUCCCCACUCAGCCGAAUGCGCAGCCGAACGCGCCGGCACCGACUGCCGGACCUUCGGUCAACCCGAUUCCCAACCCGAUUGGAAACCCACUUGCUGAGUCUCUCAUUCCUGCCCUCACGCAAGGUUACGCAGGGACGGCACCUACUAUUGUUACGUUGCCGCCUAUUGGAACUCAGUCGGUUGGAGAGAGGGUUCUCCUGACCCCCUUCCCCGGCGUUGUUGCGCCGGGCGUCGUUCAGCAGCCGACCACGAUCACGCAAGGAGCCUCAGUUUCUGUGGCAACGACAGUCACCCUCCAACCUGGAGCUGUUGUGGCUGGUGGCACCGCCGCUCCCGCCGCCAUUUUGGUUUUGACACCUCUGGCUAGCGGCGCUGCUGCGCCGACUUUGGCUGCCGACCCGGCUCAGCUCACGACGCUCUCUGGAGUCAUCAACGGACCGAGCCCCGUCACUCUCACCGUGCCUCCGGCCAACGCUGUCGAUCCCGCGACCGUGAUUGUUCUCCAGAACACUCCGGCCGCUGGUGCCGCGCCCGGUGAGGUUACUCCCGGAUCCGCCGAGCGUCCAGGCGCUGGUGGAUCUGGUGAUAGCCUCUUCCCGGAUAUUUUCACGACUAUUGAGUCAGGCUUUGGUGGUUCUGCUCCGGCAACCAUCACCUUCCCCCCUGACACCCCUGGUGCACCUGGCACCGUCGUGAUUCUUAACCCUACUAACGCAGCUUCACCCACUGAUUCUCCAUUGAUUUUGCCCGCUGGCGUGCCUUUCGUCACGGUCACCAGCCCAUUCGGAGGAAUCACCCCUCAGACUAACGUUUUACUCCCAUCUGGUACUAACCCUACAGGAACAGUUCUCGUGGAAGUCCCUGCAGCUCAGUUCACCCCGCCAGCAGAUGGCUUGAACCUGCCCGCUGGCGUCCCCUUCGUCACCGUCACCACACCGUUUGACGGCCCUGCCAUUCAGACCAACGUCUUAUUGCCUACAGGCUCUGAUACCGUUGGUACUGUGCUGGUUCAAGUUCCGUCUGCUCAGUUUACGCAACCCGCUGGCACCGAUGAUGGAUCUGGUGCUGGUGCUGGUGCUGAUGGCCUCAAUCUGCCUGCUGGCAUCCCCUUCGUCACUCUCACCACACCCUUCGACGGGCCUGCCAUCCAAACUAACGUCUUGUUGCCUACUGGUACUCAGACGGUUGGUACUGUGCUGGUUCAAGUCCCAUCCGCUCAGUUCACGCAGCCUGCUGCUACUGAUGAUGGGUCUGGUGCUGGUGCAGGUGGACUUGGGCUUGACCUACCCGAUGGCGUUCCCUUCGUUACGCUCACAACGCCUUUUGACGGCCCAGCAAUUCAGACGAAUGUUCUGUUGCCUAGCGGCAGCGACACAACCGGCACCGUUUUGGUUCAGGUUCCUUCAGCAUUAUUCACGCCGCCUGCUGCUACUGGCGCCGGACUUGACGGAGCCGCUGGCCUUAACCUCCCUGCCGGUGUCCCGUUCGUCACUCUCACUACGCCUUUUGACGGACCAGCGAUCCAGACAAACGUUCUGCUGCCUAGCGGUAGCGACACAACCGGCACCGUCCUGGUCCAGGUCCCUUCGGCAUUGUUCACGCCGCCUGCUGCCACCGGCGCCGGACUGGAUCUCCCCGCCGGUGUCCCCUUCGUGACCUUGACCACGCCUUUCGACGGACCAGCAAUCCAAACCAACGUCCUUUUGCCCAGCGGUAGCGAUACGACGGGAACGGUGUUGGUUCAGGUCCCUUCAGCAUUGUUCACGGAGCCCGCUGCUACCGGUGCCGGACUGGAUCUCCCUGCCGGCGUUCCUUUCGUGACUUUAAGCACGCCGUUCGACGGCCCGGCAAUCCAGACCAACGUCCUUCUGCCUAGUGGAAGCGAUACAACCGGCACCGUGUUGGUUCAGGUCCCUUCAGCAUUGUUCACGCCCGCCGCACCGGGAAUCACGCCUGCUCCGGGCGUUCCGGAGCCGACUCGCGGCCCCAUUAUCCCCGGAUUCACCAUCACUGGGCAGACAAUCAACCUCCCGGGUAUCACAAUCGGCGGUCCCGUUGCCCUUCCCAGUGGCCUCGAUCUCGCCUCAUUCCUCACCUUGACUCAAGGCGCAGCGGACCCGAACACGGUCGUCUUCCUUCCGUCCGGAUCGAACCCCGGUUUCGUGGUCAUCCAGACACCCACUGCCGCUCCAACUGCCGCUCCAACUGCUGGAUCUCCUAGCGUUGGAUCUCCUGGCGUUGGUGCACCGGGUGCUGGCGCUCCAGGUGUCAUUGAUUUCACCACCGUGUUCCAAAGCUACAACGGGCCGACACCAACCACGACAACUCUGUUGCCGACAGGAAGCAAUUCCUUGGGCAUUGUGUUGAUCCAGACGCCUGCAGUGAACAUCAUCGGAACAAGCACUAUUGGAGUUACCGGCACAGCCCCUACUACCAUCACCGUGCAGCCUUCCGGGGGUGGUUCUGGAAUCGUUGUUGUCGAAACUCCUUUCAACCCCUUGCUGUCCACCCCCUCGGACAUCCUGGCUGAUGAGUUCACAACCAUCACGCAGGGUUUCCUGGAGCCAACUCCCUCCACGAUCACCCUCCCGCCUGGUCCAUCGCAGACUAUCGGCACCGUGGUGGUUCAGACUCCCAUCUUCCCUGGAGGCGCGACCCAGAUUCCUGCAACCCAGGCUCCUGCACCAUCACCAUCAAGCCCACCCAUUCUCGUGAACCCUUUGAACCCUGCUGGACCUCUCAUCGACGUCUUCAUCACGAUCACGAUCCCAGUUCUUGGGCUCUUGUCUCCUUCGACGUCUACGAUCUUCCCGACAGCCCCGAACACCAUCGGGACGGUGAUUAUCGAGACUCCGGCGCCCACACCUACCGUCGGUGCUCCUGGAGUCAACUUGCCGCAAUCUUUCGUCACCUUGACCAGCGGAGGAGCUGCUCCCGCGACGCUGACCAUUCUUCCCACCGGAAGUGGCAACUCUGUAGGCACAGUCAUUAUCCAGACACCGACACAAGGGCCUGGUGGCGCUGGAGUUCCUACUCCUGGCGCGGGUACUACUCCUGGCGGAGCUGGUGUUCCUACUCCCGAUAUCACAGUCGGCGCUCCUGGAGCAAACCUGCCGCAAUCUUUCGUCACCUUGGCCACCGGGUUUUCAGGGACUCUCCCUACGACUUUGACCAUUCUUCCCACGGGAACCAAUACCGUAGGCACAGUUCUGAUACAGACCCCGACACAAGGGCCUGGCGGCGCUGGUGUUCCUACCGUUGGAGUCCCUACUCCUGGCGCCGGCGUUCCCAGUCCUGGUGACCCUGGUGCUUCCGCUCCUGGUGUUGGUGUUCCUACUCCUGGUGUCUCUACUCCUGGUGGAGCCGGCGUCCCUACUCCUGGCGUCGGCGGCGAUCCUGGAGUUCUUCCUGAAGUGUUCACGACUAUUACUACUGAUUACACCGGCCUGGUGCCCACUUCCUUUACGAUCCCUGGAUCAGGCAGUGUUCCUGGCACAGUGGUGAUCCAAACUCCUACGAUUCAGCCUGCAGAGGUGCCAAGCGGCUUCGUUCUGACAACGACCGGGUUCUCUGGCUCUUUGCCCACGACUAUCACAAUCCCAGCUUCUGGUAGUGUUCCUGGCACCGUCCUGGUCCAGACCCCUACCGUCGGCGCUGGUGUUUCUAGCCCCGCUGACCCUGUUGCGUCUACUCUUGUCGUCGGCGCCUCUCCUCCUGGCGGUCCUGGAGUUUCCACUCCUGGUGCUGGAGCUGGUCCUGACAUUGCUUCUCAAGUAUUUGACACAAUCACGAUCGGAUACACAGGACUUGUUACAAGCACGGCCACCUUCCCGCCUACCGGCACUCAAUCAGUUGGCGUUGUCGUCAUCCAGACCCCAACAGUUCCUGCUGCAACCCAGCCGGCCACUCAGCCGCCAGUUGUCCCGACAGGCUUUGUCCUCACCACUACUGGAUACUCGGGUUCUGUUCCUACGACGAUUACCAUCCCUGCUUCGGGCAGUGUUCCUGGUACGGUCAUCGUUCAGACCCCUACUAUUCAACCCGCCGAGAUCCCGAGUGGCUUCGUUGUCACGACCACUGGUUACUCUGGUUCCAUUCCUACAACCGUUACCAUCCCUGCUUCAGGCACAAACCCAGGCUCCAUCAUUAUUCAGACACCCACUGGUAUCGCUCAGACACCUACUGGUGGUGCUGGAGGCGGUCCCAUCUUGCCGGUUAUCGUCACAAGUGGCUUCGCUGGAUCUGCUACUUCGACUCUGACGCUGUCUCCAUCUAAUGUUGGAGACCCGACUACCCUGGUUGUCCUCACGCCUACUCCCACUAGUGGUGCCGGAAGCGGUCCCAUUCCUGAAGUCAUCAUCAGCAGUGGCUUUGCCGGACCCGCUACUUCGACCCUCACGCUGAACCCUUCUAAUGUUGGUGACCCGACUACCCUGAUUGUUCUCACGCCUACUCCUAGCAGUGGUGCUGGAGGCGGUCCCAUCUUGCCAGUUAUCAUCAGUAGUGGUUUUGCCGGAUCCGCUACUUCAACUCUGACAUUGAGUCCCUCCAACGUUGGCGACCCGACCACCUUGGUCGUACUCAUGCCUACCGCUGGACCUACCACUGGUCCUACUGGUGGUGCCGGAGGCGGUCCUAUUCUACCAGUUAUCAUCAGCAGUGGUUUCGCUGGAUCUGCCACGUCAACACUCACGUUGACUCCUUCGAACGUGGGAGACCCGACCACGUUGGUGGUCCUCACGCCUACUGCUGAACCUACUGGUGGCGCUGGAGGAGGUCCCAUCCCCGAAGUCACUAUUACCAGUGGAUUUGCUGGAUCUGCUACCUCCAGUCUCACAUUGACUCCUUCCAACGUCGGGGAUCCCACUACUGUGGUCAUUCUUACGCCCACCGCUGGCCCUGGCGUGACUUCAGCUCCGACGCAGCCUCCUAUCUUCUUCGAGACCGUCACCGUGGGUUACCCGGGCCCGACGACGAACACUCUCACGGUAUUGCCUAGCGGCAGCCAAUCUAUCGGGACAAUCAUCAUCGAGACCCCGUUCUCGUCCGGCCAGAGCAACGCCGUCUCGGCGACUUCGUUCACCACGCGGACGGUGCCGAUCACGGGAUCGGUCCCGACCACCUUCACCCUCCCUCCGGCGGCCACGGAUCCCAAUGGCAUCGCGACGGUCAUUGUCGAGCAACCCAUUGUCUCUGAUCCUGCCUCGUUCAUCACUCAGACGACCGGAUACCUUGGCUCUGGCAUCGUGACCACGACUCUGCUCCCCGCGAACCCAUCAGAGCCUGGUACCGUUAUUAUCCAGACCCCUAUUACUGAAGCGGCGUCUUACAUCACCACGACGGUCCAAUACUCGGGCUUGGUUCCUAGCACGACAACUCUGCAACCCUCUGGAACGAACAAUAUUGGUGCCGUGAUUAUCCAGAUCCCGUCGGCGACACCGUCGGCCGGUCCAAUCUCCUACAUUACUGUCACCAGCGGCUUUUCAGGACUCGUUCCCCAGACGACUACCAUUGACCCUACAGGAACAGAGUCCUUUGGAUUCGUGGUCAUCCAGACCCCCACGGCCCCUGGUGCAAUUACUCCGUCCCCAACGGCUACCCCUGGUGUUGGAUUCAUUACCACGACGACAACAUGGGACUCGACUGGCACGUCGACGCAGACCAUCUUCCCAUCGGCAACCCAGACCGUGGGGACGGUUCUUGUUUACGUCCCUCGCUUUGCCAAGUUCGUGACAAGAACGACGGGGUACUCCCUCACUGGCCUGUCGACGACGACGAGCCCCAUGACAAGCGGGACGGAAAUUAUUGGUAUGGUGAUUAUCUACACACCGAACCUGACAGAUGCGCCGACUUCUCCUUCCGUUUCUGCGCCGGAUGUCUCGGCGUCAUCUCCCGGCGUCUCUCCGAGCGUAUCGGAUCCCUCCGUUUCCGCUCCGGGUGUUUCGGUCUCAUCUCCUGGGGUGUCUCCCAGCGCAUCAGACCCCUCCGUCUCGGCUCCGGGCGUUUCGGUUUCGUCUCCUGGUGCUUCUCCAAGUAUCUCGGACCCGAAUGUCGGCGCACCUUCUCCUUCCGUCACUGCGCCGGAUGUCUUGGUGUCAUCUCCUUCCGUCUCGGCGCCAGACGUCUCCGUUUCGGCCCCCGGCGUCUCUCCGAGCGUAUCGGAUCCCUCCGUUACGGCUCCGGGUGUUUCUCCCAGCGUAUCAGAUGCCUCAGUCUCUGUUCCUGGUGUCUCGGUAUCAUCUCCUGGUGUUUCCCCAAGUGUUUCGGACCCGAAUGUUGGAGCUUCUCCAAGCGUAUCGGAUCCAAAUGUCGUCGUACCUUCUCCAUCCGUCUCUGCUCCGGGCGUCUCGGUUUCGGCCCCCGGUGUUUCCCCGAGCGUAUCGGAUCCGAACGUUGUCCCACCCACCUCCGUCCCCACUCCGGGUGCUCCGGGCGCGUCUUCCGCCGGAUCUCCAAGCAUAGAGUUCGCUACUUUGACCAGCAUUUUCAGCGGAUUGGCACCAACGACGUUCACAAUUUCUCCGUCGGGAACAAACAUCGGCGGCACAGUGGUGGUCCUGAUCCCAAGCUCAACUGGAUCACCCGCAACAUCGCCGGAACUUGAGUUCGCAACUCUUACCUCGACUUUCUCGGGAUUGCUGCCUUCCACUUCGACCAUUUUGCCUUCCGGACUCAACUCAGGUACCCUGGUCAUUUUGGUCCCGAGCAGCGCUCCUUCCAUUACCGAUCCCGCAUCCGCCGGUGCUCCCUCCGUUUCUGCCGGUGCUCCUUCCGUUUCUGCCGGUGCUCCCUCCGUUUCCGUUGGUGCCCCAGGUCCUUCCGUUUCCACGGGUGCGCCUGGCGCCUUCUUCGAAAUCGUGACUUCCACCUACAGCGGCUUAGUCACCUCGGUGGAGACGCGUCCUCCUUCUCCUGGUGACGUCACAAGCACCAUCGUGGUUUUUGUCCCGAGCAACGUCCUCGCAUCGCCGUCGCCUUCAAUCACGUCAGCUCCCACCGGCCCUGGCCUUGUCACCGUCACAUCGACACUCGGAUCGUCGCCUUCGACUGCCAUCGUCUCUCCGUUGAACCCCGGCGACCCCGGCACUCUGAUCGUCUACGUCCCGAGCGACGCUGUCUCUGCUACCGACGUCUCUGCCACCGACGUCUCUGCCACCGACGGCGUCUCUGCUACCAAUGCCUUCACUACCAUAUUCUCGACGUACACCGGAGAGGUCCCCGCAACGACCACCGUUCUCCCGGCCAACAUCAACGACCCGGCGACGGUCAUCGUUCUGCUGCCGAGCACCACGCCGGGCAUCACUCCUACUGCGGACGCGUCUGCCGGCCCGACUGGAUUGCCUGCGAUUUUGACAAGCACGUACGAUGGCCUUUUCACGAGCACGUCAAUCAGGAGCGGCGUGGCAGGUCUUCCAGACGAAACGAUUAUUCUGGUGCCCAGCAUUGAGCCUACCGCGGGCGCAUCUGCCGGCCCCAGCGGCUUGCCUGCAAUCCUGACAAGCACGUACGAUGGCCUUUUCACGAGCACGUCAAUCAGGAGCGGCGUGGCAGGUCUUCCAGACGAAACAAUCAUUCUGGUGCCCAGCGUUGAGCCUACUGCGGGCGCAUCUGCUGGCCCCAGUGGCUUGCCUGCCAUCUUGACAAGCACAUACGAUGGUCUUUUCACGAGCACGUCAAUCAGGAGUGGUGUCUCUGGUCUCCCGGAUGAAACUUUCGUCCUUGUGCCCAGCAUUGAACCCACCUCAGUCGACCCUAGCGUGAGCGAGGGCAUCGGGGGCCUGCCGUCAAGCACCGGAGUGUCCGGUUUGCCAGACGGAACUGCUACAGCUACCACGCCCGAUCCUGCCAUCAGCAUUGGUAUCGGAUUACCAGCUUUACAGACCAGCACUUACGGAGGUUCAAUUACGAGCACAACCAUCGUCUCUGGGGCAAAUGGUUUACCGGAGACUCUCGUUCUUGUCCCAAGUGUCGCCCCGAGCGCCUCAGAUGCUCCGGCUCCUUCCGGCACCGGGCUCGCCCCAGGCAUCUACACCAGUCUCUAUGGUGGAGGAUCGUCUACUUUCACCUCGAUUAUCCCUCCUCUCGCCUCUGAUUUGCCAGGAGCUACCAUCAUCUUCAUUCCAACUGAUGUUCCCACUUCGGCACCUACCGCUUUGGGUCAAGGUCUGGUCACGAGUUUGUAUGAUGGUUCGGCAAUCUUUACAAGCACUAUCCUCGAUGCUUCUGGAAACCCGGUCGAAACAGCCAUCUUCAUCCCUAGCAACUCAGCCCCAGCGACAGCAAGCCCCACGGCCGUCGGCCAACUCAUCACGAGCUUUUUCGACGGCUCUGUCACGCUGACAUCCACCGUACCUGGCCUUAGUGGCCUUCCCGAUGACACGAUAGUCUUCAUCCCCAGUUCCGAUGCUCCUGCGCCGACCGCAGCCCCGACGUCUCUAGGCCAGGGACCAGUCACUAGCUUUUAUGACGGAAGCCUUAUCUUCACGUCUACGAUACCAGGCGGCGCUCCAGGUCUUCCUGACGAAACCGUUAUCUUUUUCCCAAGCAAUGGACUCCCUUCAGCUGCUCCUACCGUAGCCCCGACGUCCCUAGGCCAAGGUCCAGUCACUAGCUUCUAUGACGGAAGCCUUAUCUUCACAUCCACGGUACCAGGUGCUCCGGGUCUUCCUGACGAAACCGUCAUAUUUUUCCCAAGCAAUGGUCUUCCUUCAGUUGCUCCUACUGCUCCUACUGCCCUUGAAGCCGGUAUAUAUACGAGCACUUUCGGUGGCUUGUUUACCUCGACCACAGUACUUCCAGGCGUUGGAGGGCUGCCAGGUCCUACAAUCGUAUUGGUUCCAAGCCCGACUAGCCCUGCCGCCACAACUGGCGCAGUUGACGAUUUGAUCACGAGCACGUACACUGGUGGUUCAGUCACCUUCACAAGCACCAUCCUGGACGCGUCUGGCAAUCCAAUUCAGACCGCAAUCUUCGUCCCAGAGGUGACUGGAGCUUCCUCUUUGGCCGAUCUAGCUACAAGUACCUACGGAGGAGCGUUACCCACCACGUCCACUAUCUUUGACGCCGGGGGCAACCCAAUCCAGACCGUCAUCCUUGUACCAAGCUCUUCUGCCUUGUCGGACAUUGGAAGCUCUUCUGGAGUGCCUGAUCCCUUGAGUUCAACCGACUUACCGGACAUUGCAAGCUCAUCCGACCUGUCCGAGGGUGGACUGCCGACCACCGUACCCUCUGAAUCUUUGACCAUUACUUCUACAAUUCUCGAUGCUAGUGGCAACCCGGUCGAAACGGCCAUAUCCACACCAAGCCUAUCUGGCUCGCCGGACAUUGGAAGCUCUUCUGGACUGCCCGACGACCCCUUGAGUUCAACUGACUUACCGGACAUUGCAAGUUCCUCCGGCUUGCCCGAGGGUGUACUUCCAACGAGUCUGUACUCUGGAUCUCUAUCGUUGACAUCUACGAUAUUUGAUGCAUCUGGCAACCCAAUCCUUACUGCCAUCUUCAUCCCAAGCAACACGGCAUUGCCAACGACUGACUUGGCGGCAAGUGACCUACCGACAACCGAACUACCAACUGGUGUUUCAGCGACGACAGACUUACCAUCGACUGAACUGCCGACGGAAUCAAUCACCGAAUUGCCCACCGGUGGCUCAGCGACGACUGACUUGCCAUCGACUGAGUUGCCAACAUCCGAUGCUCUCACGACGGACUUGGCUGCAAAUACUCAGACAUCUGACUUGCCGACAUCCGAUGCUCUCACCACGGACCUGCCAUCGACUGAACUGCCAUCCGAUCCUCUCACGACUGACUUGGAUUUAUCAACCACUGACCUACCCACUGGAGGCUCAGCGACGACUGACUUGCCAUCGGCAGAGUUGUCAACAUCCGAUGCCCUCACGACCGACUUGCCGUCGUCCGACUUGUCGGCGACUGACGUCCAAACUACCGACAUACUAUCCACUGAUUUGCCGUCCGCCGACUUGUCGACAACUGAUUUGCCAACGGACGGAUCCGCAACUGCACCGACGACGAUCGAUGCUUCAGGUAACCCUAGUCAAAUCACAAGCGCCAUUCCGGGCAUCACCGAUCCAUCAGCAACAGAUCUAUCAACAAGUACGUUCGAUGGGCUAAGCAGAAUCACGUCGAUAAUCUUGGACGCUAGUGGAAAUCCUGUGAAUACUUUGGUGUUGAUUCCGGCGUCAACGGCACUUCCCACCGACGAUCUGUCUACGGAUUUGCCCACGGAUCUCUCAGGCGAAUCUACGGCUACCGACAUCUCCGCCCCAAGCGCUACUUUACCUUCUACCAGGAGCAUCUCUUUCGCCACGAUUACCAGCAACAUCGUUGGUUCUAUUCCUUCGGCGACAACGAUCUUCCCUACGGGUGAUCAGGACCUUGGCACCGUGAUUACUUUUGUGCCAACGUCCUUGGAUGUCGGUCAGAGCGCUGAUCCUGAUCAGUUCCUCACAUUCACCAGCGGAUUUUCCGGCAGUUUGCCAUUCACAUCAACGAUUUUGCCUACUGAUACGGAUAUUCUCGGACAAGUCAUUAUCUUCGUCCCUACCGCUACCGACGGAAGCACUCCUACGCUUAGCUCUGACACCAUCACGAAUGACCCUACUUCAGAGCUCACAUCGGCGCCUACGUUCGCGCUCAGCACUGUGACAAGCCCAGGCUCAUUCCUCUCGACGACGACAGUCCUCCCUACGGCCACGGGCGACCCGGGACUUGUUAUUGUUUACGAUCCAGCUCUGCUUGUCACUUCGUCAGACGGCUUGCCCACCUUGACCGACGGAAGCACUCCUACGCUCAGCCCUGACACGAUUACGAACGUGCCUACUUCAGGGCCUACGUUCGCACUCAGCACCGUGACAAGCCCAGGCUCAGUCCUUUUGACAACAACGAUCUUACCUACAGCCACGGGCGACCCGGGACUCGUUGUUGUAUUCGAUCCUGCCCUGCUUGUCACUUCGUCAGACGGCUCGCCCACUUUGAGCGAGCCUACGGUCGCGCUCAGCACAGUGACAAGCCCGGGCUCAGUCCUUUCGACAACGACAGUCCUUCCUACGGCUACGGGCGACCCAGGACUCGUUGUUGUGUUCGAUCCUGCUCUGCUUGUCACCUCGUCAGACGGCUCGUCAUUUACGACCGUUUACAGUACUUCCGACGUACCUCAGCUCACCACGCUUACGCUCCCAGCCGCUGGAACGGAUCCUGUUCGUACUGUCGUGGUCAUUGUUCCCACUUCGAGCGUCGUGAUCCCCGGAGUCUCUUCCUACACUACCAUUACAAGCAGCUACUCAGGUGUCGAAUUGUCGGUAUCAACUUUGGCUCCUUCUGGUACUGAUUCGGUUGGAACGAUUAUUUUCUUUGAGCCCAUUGCUUCCCCGACUGCCUCCUACACCACCAUUUUCAGCACAACCGAUGGCGGUAGUCUUGCAACCUCGACAAUUGCCCCCGCGAACCCAGGAGAGCUUGGCACAAUCAUCAUCAUUGAACCCGCUUCUCUUGUCAGCUCGCCCGCUGCCUCUUCUGCCGAGGUUACUCAAGUCACUGCGGUCUUCACCACUAUAACCUCCAUUUACGACGGCAGCAUCAUUCAGACUACGACGGUGCUUCCCACAAAUGCGGACGUUGGCACAGUCAUCGUCCAAAUUCCAAGCCAGGCUGCUUCAAAUACCGACGUGUUGGGAGAUCUCUUCACGACCAUUACGUCCACCGGCGGAUCCGUCGCGUUGACAUCUACCGCACUCCCUGACCCCGCCAAUCCAAGCGCCAUCCGGACUGUGCUGGUCCUAUUGCCUGCCGACCAGAUCACUUCGACAGAUCCAGGCGCAUCACCAACUGCUGGAGCUCCAAGUGUCUCAUACACGACAAUUUUCUCGUCCAUCAGCGAAGGAUCGAGUCCCUUCACAUCAACGCUGAAUCCUGCGUUGGGAGACUUCCUCGGCACCGUCAUUAUUGGAGGCCCUCUUCCCACUGAUCUCAGUUCAACUGAUGCACCUACUGCUAGUGUCACCGAUGCAACUGGCUCUCCAACUCUCGGUUCUCCUAGCAUUUCAUACACCACCAUCUUCUCGUCCAUCAGUGAUGGGUCAACCCCCUUUACAUCUACGCUGGAUCCUGCCUUGGGAGACUUCCUCGGCACCGUUAUCAUCGGAUCCUCUCUUCCGACUGAUCUCAGUGCUACCGAUGCACCAACUGCCAGUAUCACUGAUGCGACAGGCUCUCCAGCUCCCAGUGCCCCUAGCAUUUCCUAUACCACCAUCUUCUCGUCUAUUAGCGACGGAUCGAACCCGUUCACAACGACACUGGAUCCGAUUUUGGGAGAUAACCUUGGUACUGUGAUCAUUGGAAGCUCUUUGCCAACUGGCGCUGGCGCAAGUGAUGCGACUGCCACGCCCAGCAUUACCGUUUCUCCUGGCAUCUCGGCUUCGCCCGGUGUGUUCUACACAACGAUUUUCAGCACCUAUCCAGGCUCAGUUACCCUGACUUCGACGAUACAACCUGCCGCCACGGACGCCCUUGGACUCGCCACAGGCACAGUUGUCAUCCAAGUCCCCGAGUCGGACUCCUCUCUGCCUACCAAUGAUGGCUUGCCAACUUCAACGACGACCAUUUUCACCAGCUAUUCUGGUGGUAUUGAAACUCUUACGUCGACUUUGCCAGCGAUCACAGACCCGUCCGGACUCGGCAUACGGAUCACGGUUGUCAUCCAGCUCCCGAACCUUCUUGGCUCGCCCACUGAGAGUGGUAUUUUGCCCACAUCGACGGGUGGUGUACAAGUUUCACCCACUGAGAGUGGUAUCCUGCCCACGUCGACAGAUGGUGUACAAGUUCCCAGCGCAACCGUGGCUCCUGGAGUUUUCCUUACAUCGGUCACCAGUUUCGUCUCUGGGUCGGUGACUCGAUUUACCACCUUGCCAGUCGCGACCAUUGAUGGUUCGGCCAUUCAAACAGUCGUGGUUGAAGUCCCUACCGGAUCUGCGCAGCCCACCGAGACUGCAGAGUCUACUGAUAUCAUCGACAAUGCCAUCCUGAUCACGUUGACUAGCCCGUUUAGCGGCGUCGUCCCGCAAACUACCACUUUGCCUGCUGCAGUCGUUGACGGAUCAACCAUCCGCUCCGUCAUUGUCUUGAUACCCACUCAGACUACCGCAGCCCAGACCGACGCAUCUCAGACUGCCGCUCCCGGUGUUUUCCUUACCACAGUAACAAGAGGCAUCAGUGGCUCGUUGACCCAGACCACCACGCUCCCUGUUGCUACAAUUGAUGGGUCUGCGAUCCAGAGUGUCAUUGUAGAGGUCCCGACAGUAUCUUCGCCAGAGGGAACUGCGUCAGGCACAGAUCCUCUUUCUGCCCUGUACACGACGCUCACUACUAGGUACUCUGGGUCCCUAACGUUGACUUCAACACUGGCCCCGGCUGGUACUGCACUUGGACAGCUUGGUACGGUGCUUGUGCAGAUUCCCUCGGAUGCUAUUUCUGCUGUCGAAACUCCGACGGCUACUGCUUUGCCCGGCCUACAGUACACGACAAUCACGAGUUCUUUCGAUGGCACUGCUACGGAAACCCAGUUCGGAUCCAUCACAGGCGUUGAUGGCCUGGCCACAGCAAUCCUUUUGGUACCCACUUCCGCAGUGACUACACCAGCCUCAGUGACCGAGAAUAUCGUCUCGUACGUUACGGUGACUACGGAAUAUACUGGACUUACGUCUCUUCUUCAGACUGUGGCCCCAGCAGCUUCUGGUCUGCCUGGGACGGUUUUGCUUCAGAUUCCGACGUCGGCAGGGCCCAUCAGCUCACCGGCGGUCUCGGUCUCCAACGGCAUCACUUACACAACUGCCACGACUUUCCUCACCGAGCUCACCGAUACUGCAAGUUCCGUUGGUUUCACGUCGACUAUUACACCGGCUCGACCUCAAGACCCCGUUACGGUCCUCGUCGGUCUACCUCGCAGGCUCUUCUUCGUCACAAGCUCCGUCCGGGGAGUUAGUGCGCCUGUCACUUCAACUUUGCCCAUUGGACCGGAUGGUAUCCAGACAGUCAGGGUUGAAAUGCCGUUGACCGGAACGCCGACAGUUGGCGGAAUCACAACCAUCACAACCUCCUACCCCGGAGCUGCGACGUUGAUUCAGACCCAGACCCCAGCCAACAUCGGCGAUGUCACGACAGUCCUGGUGCAAAUCCCUGCACAAUUCUUCCAAGUUACGAGCACUCGCUUUGGUGCGCCUUCUGCGGGCACCCAGACGGUGUCGCCCGUUGGUAGUGGUGCUCCUACUGUCAUUAUUGACGUCCCAGGAGUCUACUCAACAGUGUUCAGCGGAUUUUCAGGCCUCGUUCCUUCUACAACUAUCAUUCAGCCGACCGGCUUGGAUGAUGUUGGCCUUGUUAUUAUCGCGACUCCCACAGUCCCGGCAACGUCUAUUGGAGGCACCGUUUUCACCACAAUCCCGGGCACUGGCUCGCUUCCUACAGAAACCACGGUCACUGGCGCCGAUGGCAUUGUCUCGGUCAUCUUCGAAACCCCGACAAUCACCAGUGCUGGUGCCUCGCCAUCCUCGGUCUCCAUUACAGGAGUCCCAACCACGGUGUUUACGACGGCUCCGGGCACAGGCUCGUUGCCUGCCACGUCUACAGUCACCGGACUAGACGGCAUCGUGUCUGUUAUCUUCCUCGAGCCAGCCACCCUGGCUCCGACACCCUCCGGUCCCGGUGAAUUUGUCACACUCACCUCUUUUGGUCCAACUCCGACAACUUUCACCCUCUUGCCCGCUUCUCUCGGGCAGACAGGGACCAUUAUUGUGGUUCCUACGACGUCUUCCAAUGCGGCCAUCGAUCCUGCUGUGUCGUUUACAACGAUCAUAUCAGCUGGACCUAUUCCCACGACUCUGACCAUUCUUCCCGCCAUCUCGGGUGACUUGGGCACUAUCGUGGUCGUCCCAACGUCGUCUUCGAGCGUUCCGUCUUCCAGCGCGGCAGUUGAUCCAGCUCUAUCGUUCACUACAGUGUUUUCAACAGGGCCUGUACCAACCACUUUGACGAUUCUUCCGGCAAAUUCGGGAGAUCUGGGCACGAUUGUUGUGAUUCCUACGGUUUCUUCAGGCAGUCCGACAACGUCUUCUAAUCUGGCUGUUGAUCCUGCCUUGUCUUUCACUACGGUCUUUUCAACCGGGCCGGUACCAACCACCCUGACGAUUUUGCCGGCCAUCUCCGGCGGGUUGGGCACUUUGGUGGUUGUUCCCUCCUCAUCAGACCUUGGCAUUGACCCUGCCUUGCUCUACACGACGGUGUUCUCCGCGGGCCCAACUCCGACGACUUUCACACUCGCGCCGGCUUCAUCGGGCCGACCGGGUACGGUAGUCGUUGUUCCUACAACAUCUUCCGACCUCGCGAUCGACCCUGCGUUGGCUUUCACAACGGUGUUCUCCGCGGGCUCAACUCCGACAACUUUCACUCUGUCGCCGGCUUCAUCGGGCCGACUAGGCACGGUUGUUGUGGUUCCCACAGCAUCUUCCAACCUCGCGGUCGACCCCGCGUUGGCUUUCACGACGGUGUUCUCCGCAGGCCCUCCGUCAACUUUCACGCUCCCACCAGCGGCAAGCGGACUUCCUGCCACUGUGGUCAUUCAAUCGCCUGGUAUCUUCUUCAACACAAUCACGCAAACUUACAAUGGUGUCAGUUCAGCAUUGUCUACUAUCUUACCCACCGGAAAUGAUCUCACCGGCACGGUUAUCGUUCUUCUGCCUUCCGCCACUGGGUCCUUGACUGCUCCGCCAACAGCUGAACCUACGCGAAGCACCGUCACGGUCACGUCCCCCUACACCGGAAGAAUUCGUUUCACAACAUCGAUUGGUGUCAGCAUCCAAGGCGACCCAACUAUUCCCAACACUGUGAUCGUCUACGAGCCUAUUACCCAAUCAGCCUCUGCGUCACCCACUGCCAGCCGUGGCGCUGUUACCACCAUUUUCAGCGGAGUCACCGGUCUAUCGGGAUCUCUUACCACUACGCUCCCUAUCGGCCUCGAUGGCAUUGAGACAGUACUCAUCCAGACUUCUCUACCAGCCAUUCGUCCAGCCGCAGUAACCACCAUUUUCAGUGGAGUCACAGGGUUAUCGGGACCUCUUACCACCACGCUCCCUGUCGGCGUCGAUGGCAUCGAGACAGUACUCAUCCAAACUUCUCUACCAACGGCUCGCCCAACCGUAGUAACCACCAUUUUCAGUGGAGUCACCGGUCUAUCGGGACCUCUCACCACCACGCUCCCUAUCGGCCUCGAUGGUAUCGAAACAGUACUCAUCCAGACUUCCCUACCAACCACUCGCCCAGCCGCAGUAACCACCCUGUUUACUGGUCUUCCUGGGACGUUUUUGGGACUACGAACCACGACCUUGCCGCUUGGACUUGAUGGCAUUGAGACAGUACUCGUCCAGAGUGCUCUACCGACGGCUGCGUCAACAGCUGCUCCAACAGCUGCUAGCCUCACAACAAUUUUCUCGGGCGUUCCGUCAGCAACCUUCUCUGGCGUUCAGACUAGAACGCUUGCUCCCGGUCAAGAUGGUCUCCAGACAGUGAUCAUCGAAAGUGCUAUUCUUGGACCCGCGCCAACCGCUGCUAGUCUUACAACGAUUUUCUCAGGCAUCCCCUCGGCCACCUUCUCCGGUGUUCGAACCACGACGCUCCUGCCUGGUCUGGAUGGCCUUCAGACCGUCAUCAUCGAAAGUGCCAUUCUAGGGGCCGCGCCAACUGCUGCUAGCCUCACGACAAUUUUCUCAGGCGUUCCGUCAGCGACUUUCUCCGGCGUCCGAACCACCACUCUCGCGCCUGGUCUCGAUGGGCUCCAGACAGUCAUCGUUGAGAGUGCCCUUCGACCGACUGCUGCUGGCCUUACGACAAUCUUCUCGGGCGUGCCUUCGGCAGGGUUCUCAGGUGUCCGAACCACGACCCUGGCACCUGGUCUCGAUGGGCUCCAGACAGUCAUUGUUGAGAGUGCUCUUCAGCCCAUCGUUGCUGGCCUUACGACAAUCUUCUCAGGUGUCCCUUCAGCAACAUUUUCUGGUGUCCAAACUAGAACGCUUGCACCUGGCCUUGAUGGGAUCCAGACAGUCAUUAUUGAAAGUGCCCUCCUGCCCGCCGUUGCUGGCCUGACAACAAUCUUCUCAGGCGUCCCUUCAGCGACAUUCUCCGGUGUCCAAACCAGAACGCUUGCGCCCGGCUCAAAUGGAAUCCAGACGGUUCUCAUUGAGAGUGCUUUGCCAAGUGUCAUCUCAGUCAUUCGGACGACAGUUUUUACUGGAGUUUCGGAAGCGUUCUCUGGGCUUAGAACUUCGACACUUCCCGCUGGCCUAGAUGGAAUCGAAACGAUUCUCAUCCAGAGCGCUCUUCCGUCUGUAUCUACAGGCCCAAGUGUACGCUUCACGACUCUGUUGACAGGUUCUCCCGGUGCCUUCCUCGGCACGCAAACCCUCACCUUACCGGCAGGCGCAGAUGGCAUUGCCACGGUUCUGCUCCAGACUGCACUGCCGACUGCUGAGAGCGUCAGCGUCGUUUUUGUCACAAUCGUCUCAGGGGUCUCGGAAGUGUUUACUGGGACGAGAACGUCUACUGUGCAACCGAUCGGAACUGGUCGAACUGGAACCGUGUUCCUUGAAACCGCGCUUCCGGCCAUUACUUCAAAUGCCGUAUCGCAAAGCAUCCGCUUGACGACGUUGGUGACCGGCGUACCGGGAUCCUUCAUCGGAACCAUCACCUCGACUUUGCCCAUCGACAGCGCAGCGAACGUCCAAACCAUUCUUCUCCAGACAGCCAUUGCUCCAGUCGUCACUGGAUACACAACGAUUGUUCGCGGUGUCAGUGAUACAUUGUUUUCGGGUACCCGAACGUCAACAGCACCAGUUACUGGAACAUUGGGCACCGUAUUUGAGGAGACGGCAAUCUUGCCCUCGGCUACGUCGUAUGUCACUCUGACGUCAGGCAUUCUGGGGGCAUCGUUCGCUGGCACUUCGACGCGUACUAUUGGAAGCGGGACGUUGGCUACUAUCGUUCUCGAGACCGCCCUGCCGGUUCCAACAUCCUACACGACCAUCCUGACGGGCCUGCCUGGGGUAUUCGCUGGUACUUCAACAACAACUAUGUCUGGCAGCGGAACCCUCGGAACCGUGCUGCUCCAGACAGCAAUUCCGUACACCAUUGUGACCACAGGGGUUCCAGGGGUCUUUGCUGGCACUUCAACUAUCACCAUUCCUCCUGUUGGCAGCGUGCUUGGUACAAUUCUGCUGCAGACCGCUCUACCUCUGUCCUACACUACAGUGACUAGUGGUAUCCCAUCCACCGCCUUCUCUGGGACAAGGACCGUCACUCUUGAUGGCACAGGCACCAACGUCAGGACUGUGGUUUUGGAGACCGCCAUCCCCGCGCAGGUGAUUGUCUCGUACACCACCAUUAUCACGGGCUUAGCCGGCGUCUUCGAGGGUACAUCAACUUCAACGGUUCCCACCACAGGUCCGGGCCAGAGCCUGGUAACUGUGUUCUUGCAGACAGCCAUCCGCCCGAUUUCGUUCAUCACAGUAACGAGCGGCGUUAUUGGCUCUUCUUUUGCGGGAACUAUAACUCAGACCUUGCCAACGACUGCAGGCCAGACUCUCGGAACAGUAGUCUUACAAACGGCUCUUCAAACAACAUCUUUCGUCACGAUUCCUUCAGGAGUGCCUGGAAACUUCCAAGGCACUUCGCUGGUUACUCUCCCUGGCGAUGGCCUCAUCAGGACGGUUCUUGCCCAGACCGCUAUCCCUACGACGGAGUUUGUCACUAUCCCGACGGGCGUAGCAGGCAACUUCCAAGGCACUUCGCUGACUACUCUCUCGGGUAGUGGCCUCACUAGGACCGUUCUUGCCCAGACUGCUAUUCCCACAACGGAGUUCGUUACUAUCCCGACGGGCGUAGCAAGCAAUUUCCAAGGGACUUCGCUGGUUACUCUCCCUGGCAGUGGCCUCACCAGGACCGUUCUUGCUCAGACUGCCAUUCCCACGACUGAGUUCGUUACCAUCCCAACGGGCGUAUCAGGCAACUUCCAAGGCACUUCGCUGGUUACUCUCUCGGGCAGUGGUCUCACCAGGACCGUUCUCGCCCAGACCGCCAUCCCUACGACUGGGUAUGUCACCAUACCAACGGGUGUGACAGGCAACUUCCAAGGGACUUCGCUGGUUACCCAGUCUGCUACUCCAGGGGCCACGCUUAUCACCGUCUUUGCUCAAACUGCUAUCCCUACGACUGGAUAUAUUACUAUCCCGACGGGUGUGGCAGGCAACUUCCAAAGCACAAGACUGGUUACCCAGUCUGCUGCUCCAGGGGCCACGCUUAUCACAGUCUUCGCAGAGACUGCCAUCCCUACGACUGGGUAUGUUACCAUACCGACGGGUGUGGUAGGCAACUUCCAAGGGACUUCGCUGGUUACCCAGUCUGCUGCUCCAGGGGCCACACUUAUCACCGUCUUCGCAGAGACUGCCAUCCCCACAACUGCGUUCAUUACGAUACCGACGGGCGUAGCAGGCAAUUUCCAAAGCACAAGAUUGGUUACUCAAUCUGCUGCUCCAGGGGCUACGCUCAUCACCGUCUUCGCAGAGACAGCCUUGCCCAGCACCAUCACAACUACUGUCCUCACAGCCGUUCAAGGCGUGUUCACUGGAACCUCGUACUUGACGCUCACUGGCAGCGGAACCAUUGUCACCGUCCUCGCCCAGACUGCCUUACCCCAGACAUCCUAUGUCACGGUAACCUCAGGCAUCGCCGGGACGUUCUCAGGAACAUCUCUCGUCACGCAGGACGGAUCUGGACUUGUUAGGACAGUCGUAGCAGAGACUGCCAUUGUGCCUACCACGAGCUAUGUCACCAUCACGUCUUCAAUCACGGGAGCUGCCUUCACAGGGGUUUCACUUAGCACCCAACCCGGCACCGGACUCACGAGGACGGUCAUCGCAGCGACGGCAGUCCCCGUCUCUCAACGUUACACAACAAUCCCUACGGGAAUCAGCACUUCCAUCUCUGGAACUCGCUUCGUUACCCAGAGCGGCACCGGUAGCGUGAUUACUGUGUUAGCGGAGACCCAAAUUGCCUUGGUUACGCGGGCUGUGACGGAGACAUCUUCUCCCUCGGGCUGUAUUCCUACGCCGACCGCCGCCACCAGUCGUUGUAUCAACACAGCAUCGGCCACAAGCUUCGUGGUUCCUACAGCUUGUGCGACCCUCGAUGCUAAUGCCAGCCUGCGGACUCGAGCUCAGCUCAAUCUCUGUGCGAAUGAUCUAGGCAGCAUCGUUGGCCUUACAAACAUCAACAGCACAUGUCUGCAGACUACCAUUUCUACAACCUACACCGCCUGCAUCAGGAACCAGCUUAGCAGUUUUGUUGGUAGCGCUCUCAAUCCCAUCACCGGAGCUGCUGGCGGUGGCUGCAUCGACAGGCUGCCAUCGGCAUGUUCUCAGAUCGAAACAACCGCGGCCGGGAGCAUCAAUGCGCAAGUCAAUCUCUGCAUUGCCCAACUUGGGAUAUUCGGUGUUUCGGGCAUCUUCGGCACAUCCAACCUACUCUCUUGCGUCUCUAGCGGCAGCCCUGUGGACAUUCUCAACUGCAUUACGACGGGCGUCGGGUUCCCUAUCAACAGCGCCAGAAGCAAUACUGCGACCUUGUGUCCCUCAUCUCAAGCAUGUGCGCAGGUCCCCCCGGCUUGCGGAGCUCUUGUUGAAGCGUCGGCCAAUAUCACCGACGUGAACGCGCAGAUCAACCUAUGUAAGGUGGCUCUGGCCGUCAAAGGUGUCGACAGUACUCUCUCCGGCCUUCUCUCCAACCCCUUGGACAGCCUCGGCUGUGUCCUCGGAAAUGUCGUCACAGACCUUCUCAAUGUUGUCAACGGCCUUCUUGGCCAAAGACAGGCGUACGGCACUUGCGUCUUGAACAAGAUCCAAAGCUCAUGCCGCACUGACUUGCCUACGUCCUGUGCCAAUAUCGCAGUCGGCGCACAGCCCAGCGGUGGCCUUCUUUCUUUGGAGUUGCCAGUCACGCUUCCGGCCCUGGCUUCUUGCAUCACGGACCUCGGACCUUUGGCGAGCAGAAUUGACCCCAAGUGCUUCAACGUAGCAUUAGGACGGCAGGGCAUUGUCUCAUGCUUGAACUUGAGCUUGUUCGGUGUUGCCACGGUCAACGUCGUCACCAAAUAA